AUGUUACGCUCUUCACAGCCAAUCUAUGUUCUAUCACAGGAUGUUCAAAGAGAACAUGGUACACACACGCAGUAUGCCACCAUUGAGUCAACGUGUGCCAUUAGCAACGUGGUAAAAACUACUCUUGGACCCAAUAGCAUGUUGAAGUUGGUCAUUGAUCCUAUGGGAGGUCUAGUACUUACUAACGACGGUAACGCUAUUUUGAGAGAGAUCGACGUCACCCACCCUGCCGCUAGAACUUUAAUUGAAUUAAGUCAAUCGCAGGACGAUGAGAUGGGUGACGGCACGACUUCUGUCAUCAUCUUGGCGGGUGAAAUUAUGAGAAGAUGUGGAGCUCUUAUUGAACGGAAUGUUCAUCCACACGACAUCAUCCGCGGUUUUCAUUUGGCGCUUAGACAAUCUCUCGAAAUACUUGAAUCUCUUGCAACUAAGCUUGAUACGAAGAAUUUGCAUGAACUUAAAGGAGCUUUGAUUGCUUGCUUAGGAACUAAGUUUUCUGACUCUGUCAAUUCGAAACUAGUUGAGCUUAGUCUGCAAGCGCUUCAAACUGUAAAAAAGGAGUUAACAGCGAAGUUGACUUCGGUUGACAUCAGUAGGUUCAUCAGGGUUGAAAAGAUUCCCGGAGGCAGCAUUGAAAACAGUUGCGUUUUUAACGGAAUCAUUAUGCAGAAGGAUGUAACUCACUCGCGAAUGCGACGCAAGAUUGUCGAUCCUCAAAUAGUUUUGCUCGACUGCCCGCUUGAAUACAAAAAAGGCGAGAGUAUGACGAACGUUGAAAUUCGUGACGCUGAAGAUUUCGAGCGCAUUCUGGACCAGGAAGAGCGCGAAAUUCAACGCAUGACGCAGAAGCUCAUCGACACUGGUUGCAACCUAGUGAUUACUGAAAAAGGAGUAAGCGACCUCGCCGCCCACUAUUUGAUGCGUGCAAAAGUGGCAGUCAUCCGCCGAACGCGCAAAACAGACCAAGCAAGGCUAGCGCUCGUGACUGGUGCACAAAUAGUGCACAGUUGCGAAGAGAUAACGAUCGACCACGUGGGCAGAAAAUGCCAUCUGUUUGAAGUUAGAAAAAUUGACGAUGACUACUGGACUUUUCUGACUGAUUGUGAAAAUCCUGAAGCGUGCACAAUUUUGUUACGCGGCGGCACUAAGGACUCUAUGAACGAGGUGGAGCGCAACUUUAACGACUCACUCGCUGUCGCUCGCAAUCUUCUGAUUGACCCACGCAUCCUGCCCGGAGGAGCAGCCACGGAGAUGGAGCUGGCGAGUCAACUUGCCGGCCAGUUGCCGCGGGUGCCUGCGCGCAUGUUAGAAGGAUACAAAGUUGUCAUGCAAAGUUUAAGUGUGAUUGCUAGCGUGUUAGCGGAAAACGCGGGUGCAGACGCCACGCGUGUUGUGCAGCAACUCGCGACGAGUCACGCUGAAUGCGGCGUGCAACGCAAUCUCGGCAUCGACGGAAGAUCUGGCGAGUUAGUAGACGUGCUGCAAGCAGGCAUCAUUGACACUUUUUCUGUCAAAGCGCAAAUUUUGAAGACUGCAGUCGAGUGCAGCGCGAUGCUGAUAAAAAUAGAUGAUUUAAUGCUUGGACUCGACGCCAAGCAGGCCUAA